AUGAAUAUCUUCACCAAGAAACCAAAUCCCAGAGAAGCUCUUAGGGAGAGUAAGCGAGAGAUGACUCAAGCUACAAGAGGAAUCGAAAAGGAAAUCCUAUCUCUGCAGUCAGAAGAGAAAAAGCUCGUUCUCGAGAUUAAAAGAAGUGCUAAAACAGGGAAUGAGGGAGCAACAAAGACUCUUGCGCGGCAAUUGAUCCGGCUAAGGCAGCAAAUCACUAAGUUACAAGGAAGCAGAGCUCAAAUGCGAGGGAUUGCUACUCAUACACAGGCUAUGCAUGCACAUACUUCAGUUGCUGCUGGAAUUCAAGGUGCCACUAAGGCAAUGUCAGCUAUGAGCAAGAAUAUGGAUCCAGCAAAACAGGCCAAGGUUAUGAGAGAAUUCCAAAAGCAGUCUGCGCAAAUGGACAUGACUACUGAGAUGAUGUCAGAUUCUAUAGAUGAUGCUUUAGACAAUGACGAAGCUGAAGACGAAACAGAGGAUUUGACAAACCAGGUUCUUGAUGAAAUCGGCAUUGAUAUCGCCUCACAGUUAUCAUCUGCUCCAAAAACUAAAAUUGGCGGGAAGAAUGCAGAGGAUGUUAGCAGUUCUGAAAUUGAUGAACUGGAGAAGCGGUUGGCGGCGCUUAGAUAG